AUGUUGGCUACCAUUCUACGAGACCGCCCUCUUCCCCUCCCCUUGCCCCCAGCCGAACAGACUGCAGAAGAACGCAGGCGAAGUAUCAUCGCCUUGGAUCGCAAAAGGAGGCUGACAAACCCAGCACUGUAUGAGGAAGGCAGAAGAAGAACCAACAGUGGAGGGUGGAAUGAUCGUCGGACGAACUUUGAUGUUUAUCGCACAGACAGUCCAUCAUCACCUCACCGUAAUGCGUCUUCCGACCCAAACAUGAGUCAACCGCUUGCUGAGGUUAUAGACCUGACAAGUUCCUCUCCUCCCACUUCCGUGCCAGAAACACCUCGACCCGGGAGACCAAGCGGGGAUUCUUCAGACAGUCCCAGACGAUACGUUGUUCCCCAGUGGCAGCCAGAUUCGGAGGCCACUGAAUGUCCCAUUUGCAAGCGACCCUUUACCUGGAUGUUCAGACGCCAUCAUUGCAGGAAAUGUGGUAGAGUGGUGUGUAACGACUGCUCACCACAUCGCAUCACAAUCCCUCGCCAAUUCAUUGUUCAUCCGCCUGAUCCUAAUAUGUUUACAUCGCCAAGUGAUCCUGUCAAUCGCCAAUCGCUUUCGAUCGGCUCCGAUGAGGACGAAUUGUACGACAAUACCUCCAGCUCGCAUCAUCUCGCGUCUCCAGUGCAGCUGGCAGGAGGAGAGAAGGUGCGCCUGUGUAACCCUUGCGUACCGGAUCCUCAACCUGAUCCAUCACCGAAUUACCCUCCUUUUCUUCCGGACCAUCCCAGCCGUGGAGCCUCGUGGGAUGCAGGAGCUCGCCACGGCUCCGGUCCGAAUCAUCCAGUGCCGUCUGAGCCAAGACCGAGAGGGUUUUCUGCUGGAGUGGAAUAUCCAGUGCGCAACCUGGGCGCCGGAAGCAACCCAUAUCUGCAUCAAUAUCAUCGCUCAAUGGGAGCAACUCAACCCAUCUAUCCCAACACCGACCCUAGGGGUGAUGGUCCCAAUUUGUUUGACUCCUAUCGCGGACAGUCGUCUCCUUCCAGGUAUCGUAUGCUUGCACCGCCUUCCGCUCUCAAUCUGCCACCAUUCUCUGGCCCUUCUCUGAGGGACCAACCACCCCAUGAUUCAAGGCUGUCCUAUACUCGUCCACGUCCUUCGUAUCCCGAGAGCCGUCAGCCUCGAGACGAGCCAUUUGGCAUCUCUUUGCCAUCUCAGCGGCCUCACCCUCGGCCCCUGCAUGAACUCACGUAUAGUCCCGCCGUCCACCGACCACGUAUUAAUGAAAACGACAUAUGCCCGGUGUGCCGUCGCGCAUUACCGCCCCGUGGACCUGACGGUGAUGAGACCGCCCGUGAAGCACAUAUAAUGGACUGCAUCCAUGCGCGCGAUCCCUCUUAUCACGGCGACUCGAGCAAUACGGCGGCAGCAUUUCGACUGGCCGGCAAUGCAUCCGAGGGAGCUUCGUCGUCUCAACAUCCAUAUCAUCAACGGCUCAAUAUGCUUACCUUCACAGCGACCGAGAAGGAUUGCGUGGCGCAGGAAGAUGGUCAAAUUCAAGAAUGUUCAAUCUGCAUGGUCGAGUAUGAUGUUGGCGAUGAGCUAGUCAGGCUCGAAUGCCUGUGCAAGUUUCACAGAACCUGUAUCAUGGAGUGGGUUGAACGGAAAGCCGAAUGUCCAGUGCAUAAGCUUUUGGGGUGA